CAAUGUCUGAUCUGGCUCUGCGCUGCGGAACAUACAUACAUACAUACAUACAUACAUACAUACCUACAUAGUGCAGUAGUUAGAAAAGAAAGGAAGAAAAAGAACAAGCACCAAACUAUUCUCCUCUAAUGAUUUUCCAUCUUCUCCGUCCAUCCUAGCCAGCCAGCCAGCCAGUCAGCCAGCCAGCCAGUCAGCCAGCCAGCCAGUCAGCCAGCCAGCCAGUCAGCCAGCCAGCCAGUCAGCCAGCCAGCCAACCAUCUAUAACCACCAAAAUAGAUAGAUACAUAGAUAGAUACUAAGAUGGCCCCACCCGACCCCGACCUCGAGAGUCACGCGGCGUCGUGUUCGUACUGCGGCACGCCCGCCUUCUCGGACCUGACCCGACCGAUCGAAGUCGCCGACUACACGUGCAGCUCCGCCAACGUCUUUUGGACCCUGCCGCUCCUCGGGCCGCUCCUCGUCGAGAACGAGAGCAGCGACACCCGGGACCAUUGCGCCAAUGAACGCACCUUCCUAUCCUACCUACGCCUAUCCGUCUACAUGGCCAUCGUCGCCAUAGCCAUCGUGCUCUCCUUCCACCUGAAGUCGCAGCCGUCGCCGCUCGAGCUGCGAAUGGCCCGACCCUUGGGGAUAAUCUUCUGGCUGCUGUCGCUGUCCUGCCUAGUCCUCGGCUUCGGCAACUACAUUAAAACCCUAGAUAAGUAUAGUAAGAAAGUAGCCAUAGUCCAAACCGGGUGGAGGACACAAACGAUCAUGUCACUUAUCGCCCUGUCAAUCGUGGGCACUUGUAUAAUCCUACUGGUAAUCGCGAAAGUAGAAGCAGGCCAUCAAUGAACACGCUCAUCAACCGCAGCAGUCUGUCCAUGGAGCUGCCGUGAAAGCUAUAUCUAUAUGUGUGUAUAUAUGUCCACUGGGGGUGGUGUUCCUAACACUCAACCCAUACGCU